AUGGAAUCCAUUGAGGAAAAUGUCGACCUUGAAUCUGAAGAGGAGAUCCCAUUUAACUCAACUCAGCCAACAAACAAAAGCCAAUCUUUCAAUUUUGAGGCAAUCCAUGUCAUUUCACCCUCAAAAGUUUCCUCUUUAUCAGGCUUAAGAAAGAUGCAGAUCAGUCUGCUUAGGAGUAUCUACAUCGUCUUAAUCAAAGCAAAGAUAAACGUUUUGCUUCCAUUUGGGCCCAUUGCAAUAGUGCUGCACUAUCUUAGCAAGAAACAUGGAUUUGUCUUCUUCUUCAGCUUAGUGGGCAUUACUCCUUUGGCGGAGCGUCUGGGUUAUGUGACUGAACAGCUUGCAUUUUAUACGGGGCCUACAGUGGGGGGGCUCCUAAACGCAACCUUUGGCAAUGCUACUGAGAUGAUAAUUUCGAUAUAUGCAUUGAAGAAUGGGAUGAUAAGGGUCGUUCAGCAAUCAUUACUGGGUUCCAUAUUGUCCAAUAUGCUUUUGGUGCUUGGAUGUGCCUUCUUCUGCGGUGGCGUGGUUCAUCGCCAGAAAGUACAGAAUUUCAAUAAGGCAGCUGCCCUGGUGAACUCAGGUUUGUUAUUAAUGGCCGUCAUGGGUUUAUUAUUUCCAGCAGUUCUGCACUUUACUCAUACGGAAGUGCAUAAAGGCAAGUCAGAGCUAGCUCUUUCGCGAUUUAGCAGCUGCAUAAUGCUGAUUGCAUAUGCAAGCUAUCUUUUCUUUCAGCUCAAGAGUCAACCAAAUCUGUAUGGUUCUCUUGAUGAGCUGAGGGAGAAUAAUGAAGAUUCUGAUGAAGACGAGCCCCCUGAGAUUACCCAGUGGGAAGCAAUUGGGUGGCUUGCUAUGUUGACACUGUGGAUAUCAGGAGCAUCUGACGCGAUGAACAUGCCAGUGGCUUUUAUUAGUGUCAUUUUGCUUCCAAUUGUGGGAAAUGCUGCAGAACAUACAAGUGCUAUCAUGUUUGCCAUGAAGGACAAGCUUGAUAUCACACUUGGAGUUGCAAUUGGAUCGUCUACUCAGAUAUCAAUGUUUGUGAUACCAUUCUGUGUAAUUGUUGGAUGGACAAUGGGGAUGCAUAUGGACUUGAAUUUCCAACUCUUUGAAACUGCUACACUAUUUAUCACGGUGUUGGUGGUGGCAUUUAUGCUUCAGGAAGGAAAAUCAAACUAUUUCAAAGGUUUGAUGCUUAUUCUAUGCUAUCUCAUUGUUGCUGCAAGUUUCUAUGUACACAUCGAUCCAUCAAAUGAUGAUGAUUAA